GCAUCAAUGCAUUUGCACACCGUCCCUUUACGCUUCUUCUUCGUUUAGCCACUUUCUCCUUGUUCUUCCCUUCCCACCUAAAAUCUGCAUGCACAGUUUUGAAAACUCUGGGCAAACCCCUCAGAACACAUUUUGUAUCUUCUGUCAUACUGUUUUCUGAUCUGUUUCCAGAACCGUUCGGCAAAUUAAACGCUCUUAAUCGCUUAAGCUACAAGUGAUUACAAAGCGGAGAAUAAUAUAGUUGAGUGAGCAAACUCACCAUCAAACACCUUUGUUUCUUGUGUCUACUAUUUUCUGAUAUGUUUCCAAAAUUGUUCGGUGCAAGAAUAAACGUUCUUAAUCACUUAUGUGCCGAGGUGAGAAUUAAUAGUUGAGAGGGUUAUGAGGUAAAGUAGCUGGGUGACUCAGCUUAACUUUUUCAUCCGCUUUUGAUUUAAGUUAGUUGAAGUUGGUUUGGUUGAGAUAUACAUGAAAGUUCCACAAGAGAUUGAAAAUCCAAGUUUCAAGAGGCUGAUAUGAGUUGCCUUUGAUCCAGGGAACUGAAGUUUUCAAUCAUUUUCCUUUCUGGGGUUUUCUGUAUUUGCUUUGGCUUUUUCUUUUCCUGACUUUUGUUUGCUAGAAAUAGGACAAAGCUUUCUUCUUCUUUUUUUGUGAGAUCAGUGGGUCGGUAAAAAGUUAGAAAAGGAAGGUUUUGGUUCUCUAGAGACUUGAAGAAGUUAAAGGAUUUUCUGAAGUUUUUCUAUUUAUAUUGUGGAAUUUCAAGUUCCCAUUUCUAAAUGUUCAUGUUUUUGAAAUAGAUCACAAAAGAUUUGAUUUUUACCGAAGGCAGUAAUUGAACACUGGUAAUUUUGUAAGUUGGGUUUGGAAGGUGAAGGUUAAAUCUAUGGAGGAUUUAGCUCAGGCAGUUGCUGUUCCAUAUAGGCUAGGCAGUUUGAUCCAUGAGGAUUCGGCAGUAAAAUCCCAGAUGGAAAUUACUGGCCUCAAGCUAAUAGCAAACGCGUCACCUUUGUUCUUCAAUAGUCCUCAUGACGAAAACCGGGGAGCGGAAGUCGUGAAUCGGGAAAGUCCGAAAUAUAGUAAGUUUAGGCCAACGUGUGACCGCGUUGGCGAUGGAUCGAGUACUUGUGAUGCGUCCACCUCGCUUUUUCCGGCCAGUGGGGAUAAGAAAAUGUGCGGAACAAGCUGCAGUCAGAGAGUUUUCGAUUUGGAUCGCGUACCCCUUUGGGGUUCCACGUCUAUCAUUGGAAGGAGACCGGAGAUGGAAGAUGACGUUGCAGUUGUGCCGCAAUUUUCGCAGGUUCCGGUUCAAAUGCUAAUGGAUGACAGUGUCUUGAAUGGCAUGAAUCAAGGCCCAAAUGACUUAACCGCCCAUUUUUUUGGUGUUUAUGAUGGACAUGGAGGUUGGCAGGUUGCUAAUUAUUGUCGCGAACGCCUGCACUCUGCACUGGCCGAAGAGCUAGAAAUUGUGAAAACAGGCUUACGCGGCAGAAGCAAUGGGGAGGAGGGUUGGCCGGAAAGGUGGAAGGAGGCCUUCUCGAAUAGUUUCUUUAAAGUGGAUGCUGAGAUUGGAGGAGCUCCAAGAGGCACGUAUGACAGCAGACCUGAUGCUUCUUCUGGGGGAGCUCCAGGAGGCCUUCUCCAACCUAUGGCUCCUGAAACCGCCGGAUCAACUGCUGUAGUCACCGUAAUUUGUCCAACGCAUAUUAUCGUAGCAAACUGUGGCGACUCAAGAGCAGUAUUGUGUAGAGGGAAAGUUUCUGUGCCUUUGUCAGUAGAUCACAAGCCAGAUAGAGAAGAUGAAUAUGCAAGGAUAGAGGCUGCAGGAGGCAAGGUCAUACAGUGGAAUGGUUCACGUGUUUUCGGUGUUCUUGCAACGUCAAGAUCCAUUGGGGACCGAUAUUUGAAACCGUGGAUUAUACCGGAUCCAGAAGUAGUGUUUGUUUCUCGAGAAAAGGAAGACGAGUGCUUAAUUCUUGCCAGCGACGGGUUGUGGGAUUUCAUCACAAACCAGGAGGCCUGCGACAUUGCACGAAGGCGGAUCCUUCUGUGGCACAAGAAGUACGGCGAUACCAUGUCAACGGAACGGGGCGAGGGAGCUGAUCCUGCUGCUCAAUCUGCAGCAGACUAUCUCUCAAGGCUUGCCAUGCAGAAGGGGAGCAAAGACAACAUCACUGUUAUAGUAGUAGACUUGAAAUCCACAAGGAAGUUUAAGAAAAAACCCUAAUUAGAAUUAAAAUUGGUAAUCAGAGAUUUUAUCUUAAUCACCAAAAUGACGCAACCCUAAGUUUUUCACCUGGGUUGGAUGACACGUAGAAAUUUUUUGCGUGACCGUCACACCACGUGGUUAAUUGUGUGAAUGAUAGGUUGAUAAAAUCACGUGACGAUGUGACAAUCAUGGCGAAAAAUCUCUCCACAACUAUAGCGUUUAAGAAUUCUUUCGCCCUCCUUUGCGUUGUUCUUACUAUAUUAUUAAUUUGUACAUGAACACCCAAAUCCAAGGAAUUACAAUGGUGUUUUUCUAUGUUC